GUCAACACAAGCACAGUAGCGCACAUGGAAUUGGGGAUGAUUGUUGUGUCGCGUGAUCCCGUGUUUGAUUCCCUCUAGUGUCGGUGUUUUGUCUUUUUUUUUUCUCUCUCAAUCAAUGGCCGACUUUCAGUUCAGAACAUUAGCCGUGUUCGCCAGUCCUUUGCUGAAUAAUCAGCUUCGGCGCGAUGGUCCAAGCUCCGGGAUAAUCUCCAAUACCAACAUCAUUCUAGGCAGACCCGGAUUAGAAGAUUUGGAGUGCGUCAUCUCACCUCGUCACCUGUGCAUAAAGUUCCCAACCCCCCACGGAGUUGGAAUAGCCAGGGGAUCCCAGAGAGUGUCCCGGGCUUGGUAUUUGAAGGCAACUAAACAGCCUAUCAAGUACGACACCCAAGUGGGGGAGGUGACUGCACAGCUCUUAAGGGCCAAGGAGAAACAUCCCAGAGUAGAAGUUGCAGGAGACAUUGAGGAAGUUGAACUGGAGCCGGGCACGCCGGGGAGGUUUGUCAGAAUUGGAAAGGGCCUGGGGGCUGAACUCAGGUGGCGAGUGAUCUCAGUCCUUAGAAGGUUCAGGAAGGUCUUUGCAUGGAGUCCAGCUGAUAUGCCAGGGCUGGAUCACAAGAUUGUAGUUCAUCGCCUUAAUGUCGUGCGAGAUGCUAAACAAGUGAAGAAGAAGCGAAGGCAUUUGUCGCAGGAAAGGAGAGAUUUCGUGAAGAAGGCUCACCGGAUUGUUGUGCUCACUAAUGAGCCUUUGGCGUCACUUACCCGGAGCCCGGCGGCUUCAGCUCGGAUGACCAAGUGGGCGGUCUUCAUCAGUCAGUACAAUGUGGAGUUCAGGCUGCGUCCAUCAAUCAAAGGACAGGCACUCGCCGACUUUCAACUUGAGUGCACUACCAGGGAGAUGACAAGAGCCCAGGCCGGGACCCAGGUGGAAGAUGACUGGUGGGUGAUGAGUAUUGACAGAUCUUCUGGAUCUUGCGAAGCAACCUACCCUCAGGCUAAUGGACAGGUGGAGAAUGUCAACAGGACAAUCAUAAGUGGAAUAAAAAAGAAGCUGCUUUCAGAAGGAAGCAAAUGGGUGGAUGAACUACCCAGAAUCCUGUGGACGUACAGAACAACUCCAAGGACGGCUACGGGCGACACUCCCUUUGGCUUAGCCUAUAGUUUCGAAGCCCAGGCUCCAGCUGAGACGCUGAUCCCUACCAGGAGAGAAAUGGAAUAUGAACCGGAAGAGAACGAACAGAAUCAGGCCGUAGAGGUGAACUUCAUAGAAGAAUGAAGAGAUGAAGUGCGGAUCCGGGCAGAGAAUUAUCGUCGCCAAGUGAAAUCUUACUUUGACAGUAGGGUGAAACCGAGAACGUUCCAGGUGGGGGAUUACGUCCUGAGGAAGCGAGAGAAAAGUCAACCAACAAAGGGUGGGAAGCUGGCUAAGAAAUACGAAGGACCUUAUAUCAUCAAGGCCAUUGUUCGCCCAGGUACCUACAAGUUGGUGACUCCAAAGGGAAAAGAAAUUGAUAGGACAUGG